AUGGGUUCGCCGAUUUCGGGAUUCAUCGCCGAGGCGGUCCUGCAACGGUUAGAGUCGCUGGUCUUCCAACACCACAAACCGACGUUCUGGGCCCGGUAUGUGGAUGAUACCUUCGUCGUUAUCGAUCGGGAUCAACUGCUGACAUUCAAGGAACGUCUGAAUGCGGUCUUCCCGGACAUACAAUUUACGAUGGAGGAGGAAGAGAACAACCAGCUGGCCUUCCUGGAUGUCCUCGUAUGCCGCAAGGAUUGUGGUGGACUAAAAACCAAAGUGUUCAGGAAAGCGACAAAUACGAUGCAAGUACUGAACUUCAACAGUAACCACCCAAUCAGCCACAAACGCAGUUGUGUAAGGACGCUCUUUCGGCGUGUUGAAACGCACUGCAGUGAGCCGGAAGACAAAAUUGCUGAACUACAAUACCUCCGACGGGUAUUCAAAGCCAAUGGCUACCCGAGCAACUUUGUCAACCGGUGCAUACGCAAAAUGGACGAAAGGCCUAACCGCAGGGACACCAAAGUUUGGCGAACGCUUCCAUAUGUCAAGAACGUUUCGGAAGCUGUUGGCCGCCUUCUCGCACCGCUGGGGGUUGGAGUUGCACACAGGCCAGAGGCAACCAUCAGGCGUCAACUGAUGAAACCAAAAGACCCACUGCCACGGCAAGAAACGUCUGGAGUCGUUUAUCGGAUCUGGUGCAGUUGCGGACAAAGCAACUACGUCGGAGAAACCGGAAGACAGCUCCGAACGAGAAUGGCCGAACACGCUGCAGCAGUGCUGAGAAAUGACGCCAGCUCUCAAUUUGCGGCUCAUUCGACGGGUUCCGGCCACACAUUCAAAUUUGACGAGGCCGAAAUUCUCGCAAGAGGUGACAACCGCGUGAGCCGGGAGCUGCUUGAGUCAUGGUUCACUGGCCCCCAGUCUAUUAACAAGUGCAAUGAUCUUCCCAUUCAAUACAGCGUGCUGAGACUUCGUCUAGGCGGAGAAAUUGGCCACGCGGGGAGCGCCCUGAUGAACACUCUUCCCAACACCCGGGUCAGCGUGUCAGAUGGUCGAGCAAUCAUCAUACCAACAUCCAACGCAUGUGAUGAAAUUGCAGCAAUUAAUGACGCGAAUAUCGACCAUCACGCCACGUGCAACGAUCCCUGA